GGAUCGCUGGCUGCAGUCUUUCCCACGUUAUCGCGGCAAGGGGUUUACUUUGCGCUCUGCCGCCGCGCGUCAGUCGAGGGAGUUUUUUUAUUGGCCGUGUGUGUGCGUGUUGGGCUGUUUGUUUCGUGGGCGGCGCGCGUUCGCCGUGGCUGGAAGUGUCGCGAAGAUGGGGUCGAACGGCUUGUAUGCGUGUUUCCUGCUGCUACUGCAGAUGCACGCAAAUUCCGUCCGGGCCUUCAACCUGGAACCCCGCAUCCCACUCAUCAAGAAAGGCAGUCCUGGGUCUUAUUUCGGCUACUCGGUGGCGGAGCACCAGACGGUGGACGACAUAACUCAAAACGUCGACAGCAGCUGGCUGCUGGUGGGCGCGCCGCUGGACCAGAACCUGCAGCCGCGCACCAACAGGUCCGGCGCGCUGUGGCGCUGCCCCAUCACCACGCUGGCCGGGGACUGCGAGCAGGUCGUCACUGACGGCAAGCGAACGGCUUCAGACGGCCAGUAUGACUCGUCCAUCGACUCCUCGGAGCUGAUGCCGCCGCUGGAAGACGAGGUGAAGGACGGCCAGUGGCUGGGCGUGACGGUGCGCAGCCAGGGCGCGGGCGGCAAGGUCAUGGUGUGCGCGCACCGCUACGUGAGGAAGGGCAACGACUACCAGUGGGGGCAGGGCAUGUGCUACACCCUCACGCAGUACCUCGACUACGACGAGUCCUGGGAGCCGUGCAAGGGCCGCCCCGUCAACAAGGCGCACGAGCAGUACGGCUACUGCCAGGCGGGCACCAGCGGCGUGCUGCUCAACGACACAGCAGUCAUCGGCACCCCGGGGCCCUACACCUGGAGGGGCACCGUCUACGUCAUCAGCGUGUCCGACGACUACCUGAGCCGCGACAAGACCAUGUACUACGGCCCGCUGUCCGACCUCGACUACCCCGUCGACAAGUACAGCUACCUGGGCAUGUCGGUGACGGCGGGCCGGUUCCUGGGCGACGCGCUGUCCUACGCCGCGGGCGCGCCGCGCUCCAACGGCACGGGCCAGGUGGUGCUGUUCGCGCUGCGCCCCCCCGCCAACCCCAUGGCCGUGGCGCUGGUGCUGGGCGGCGAGCAGUUCGCCUCCAGCUUCGGCUACGAGGUCGCCAGCGCCGACGUCGACGGCGACAAGUUGCCCGACCUGAUAGUUGGCGCUCCGUUCUUCUUCAGCGAGGACCAGGGAGGGGCCGUGUACAUCUACAUGAACAACCCGGAGCGCUGCCUGGACUGCCACAAACCCGUCCGACUCACGGGCAAGCCGGAGUCCAGGUUUGGUUUUGCCAUCGCCAGUUUGGGAGAUCUCAACAAGGACGGCUUCGACGACAUUGCGAUUGGUGCGCCGUACGAAGGCGAAGGCGUCGUGUACAUCUAUUUGGGGUCCAGUAACGGCAUAUUGACGACCCCGUCACAGAUCCUGAGGGCGGCAGACUUCCCGAAGCAGAACCGGCCGCAGAAGACGUUCGGGUACUCGCUGAGCGGGGGCCUGGACGUGGACCAGAACGGCUACCCCGACCUGCUGGUGGGGGCCUACGAGUCGGACAGCGUGGUCCUGGUGCGCUCCCGCCCCAUCAUCGGCAUCGUCACCACCAUCGAGCCGGACGCCCGGCACCGCAAGAUCGACCCGGGCAAGCAGGGCUGCGCGAGCGACCCUUCGUCCGAGCACACCUGCUUCUCGUUCGAGACGUGCUGCGUGGUGGAAGCGCGGGUCAGGUCGCAGCGGCGCGGCGCCCAGAACCUGACGGUGAGCUACGGCAUCGAGGCGGAGGUGUUCCCGGGCAGCCCCAAGAAGUACUCGCGGGUGUGGUUCGGGCAGGAGGGGGGCGGGGGCGACGCCCCUCACGUCGUCAGGAAGACCCUGCAGCUGGCGCCGGACCCCCGGCGCGGCCACCGGCUGGCGCACUGCGAGACUGAGACCGUCUACAUCUCGCGCAACGCCAGCGACAUCCAGUCGCCCAUCGACUUCCGGCUGACGUACGCGCUGGUGCAGCGCGAGCCGCGCCAGGCGGCGCCCGGCCGGCCGCUGCCCGCCAUCGACGACCACCCCAUCCUGAACCAGCAGGAGGCGUCCAAGACCUUCCGCUUCGCCUUCCAGACGGACUGCGGGGACAACGACGUGUGCGAGAGCGAGCUGCGCGUGCAGGCGGGCCUGCUGCUGCCCCCAGGCCGCCGGCCCGGCUCCUGGGAGCUCCUGCUGGGGGAGCAGAAGGAGGUGCGUCUCAACGUCACCGUCCAGAAUCUCAACGAGUCGGCGUACGACGCGUGGCUGCACGUCGCCUUCCCCCCCAGCCUGGCCUACAUCUCGCACCUGGCGGAGCUGAAGCACACGCCGUGCGACAGGUUCAACGUGACGCUGGUCUCCUGCAAGCUGGGGAACCCCUUCAAGAAAGGCAACGUCGCCAACGUCAUCCUUCGAUUCGACCCGACGGGCAUCAAGGACAUCGAGCCCGACCUCCGGUUCGUCGUGUUCGCCAACUCCACCUCCGAGGAGCGACGCCCCCAGGGCCCGCUCGCGGUGCAGGCGGACGUCAUACGGAAGGCAGAGGUCUCGAUUGCCGGGAGCGUGUACCCCGACCACGUGUUCUACGGAGGCGAGGUGCGCGGGGAGUCGGCGAUGGAGUACCGCAGCGACGUGGGGUCCCGGGUGCUGCACUCCUUCGUGGUGCGCAACAAGGGCCCGUGGAGGGUGAGCAGCCUCACCGUGGCCGUGGAGUGGCCGUUCCAGGUGGCCAACGACAAGCCGCGCGGCAAGUGGCUGCUCUACCUGGACGAGAUGCCCACCGUGGAGGCGGUGGGCGGGGGGGAGUGCCUGUUGGCGGAGGACCAGGUGAACCCGCUGGGGCUGCCGCAGCGGCCGGGGCUCUCCGAGGCGCCCCUGGAGGCGCUCACGCUCCCAGCGGAGCCCCCGGCGCCCGCUGACGCCAGCGACCGCCCGCGCUCGCGCCGCGACACGGAGAUGGUGGUCCGUGCCGAGGCCUACACGGGCAAGGACGGCCGCAGGCACGAGGUCGUGAAGAUGGACUGCCUGCUGGGGACGGCCAAGUGCUUGAAGUUCAACUGCACGGUGUUCAACUUGAACAAGAACAGAGAGGCCACCAUCAAGAUACGAGCCAGGCUGUGGAACUCGACGCUGGUGGAGGACUACCCCAGAGUGGACUCGGUCAACAUCAGCUCCCGGGCCAAGGUGCACCUGCCCAGGCACCUGGGCAUCCAGCAGGACACCGCCAACGACGAAACCCAGGCGGUGACGAUCGCGUACCCGGACCGCAUCGACCAGCAGGAGCCGGAGGCGGUGCCCGUGUGGAUCAUCGUGGUGGCCGCGGUGGCGGGCCUGCUGCUGCUGGUGCUGCUGGUGCUGGUGCUGUGGAAGCUGGGCUUCUUCAAGCGGCGCCGGCCCGACCCCACCCUGUCGGGCAACCUGGAGAAGCACCGCGAGGACAACGGCCAGUUCUGACGAGCCCUCGAGAGACCGUCCCGGCGGCGUUCCGUGUUCUCGACCAGCGGGGCUUUGAACAGCACGCGAGACAUUUCAGUGGAACCUCACUUUCAAGUAUCCAACUCGAAGGAUUCCUCACUUGAACAUAUGUACCUCGGAUAAGCACAAAAAUCAGUGGAUAUCACGGAUAGAAUCAAGCAGGGGCGUAGACAAGGGGGGGUUUUAGGGGUUCAGAACCCCCCCCCCCCCCCCCACCAGCUCCAAAUCUUAAAUUAAUUUCUUAUUCAUCACUCAUACAAAUUUCAUAUUAAAAUUAAUAAAAUUUUUACCAUUACAAUAUUUAAAUUUAAGUGCCGAAAACUGCUAAAAUAGCACUAUUUUACACCUUAAAAUCAAAAUUUUCCUGGGGGAGGACCUCCGGACCCCCCGCUUUAAUAUGGGGGAAGGGGCCAUGCUUCUUAACCCCCCCCCCCCCCCCCAAUACACAAAUCCUGGCUACACCACUGGAAUCAAGUAAUGCUGUCUUCAUUUUAAAGUAUCCAACUUAAAGGAUUUCUCACUUGAAUGUACCACGGAUAAGCAAAAAUCUUGGAUAUCAUGGAUAGAAUCAAGUAAUGCUGUCUUCACUUUAAAGUAUCCAACUUAAAGGAUUUCUCACUUGAAUAUACGGACCUCGGAUAUAGCAAAAAUCCUUGGAUAUCACGGAUAGAAUCAAGUAAUGCUGUCUUGACUUUAAAGUAUCCAACUUAUAGGAUUUCUCAUUCUAACGUACCUCGGAUAAGCAAAAAUCCUUGGAUAUCACGGAUAGAAUCAUGUAAUGCUGUCUUUAGUUCUCAGUGGUAUCAGUUUUUUAAGGGUGAUGUUUUUUUUUUCCCAAAUUUUCAUCAGUGUAGUAGAUUCUUUCGUGAUUGGCUCAACCGAAUAAAUUGUAUCAGGGAGGUUAAUUUUUAAUCAAAGCUUUCGAGAACGGUUGGAUAAUUUUCUAGGUCCUCAAUUAACUUUUUCAGCAGUCUCUGCUGGUAAUGGCACUUAAGGUAAGACUUUGAUAACACGGAACCUCAGUUAAUCUAGACUCAACUGUACCUAUUUUCAAAAUAAUUUUUUUUUUAAUUUUUAAGAACAAAUGCGAUUUUAUUCCAGGUACACUGUAACAAAAUUUCGCUGUUCCAAAAAAAAAAAUCCUUUUUAUGUACUUAUUGUUUAUUUGAAAGUGAAAAAUCUUUUUAAAGUGGGGUAUUUUUACAAUGAGAUUUGUAUCAAACUACACGUUUGUUCCAAUUCGUUGUCAGUUGGAACAUGUGUUGGACUGUCGUGCAGUUGUAGAAGGGGAUCACUGUCGGAAGAGUCUUGAUUCCAGAAUGUUUGAACUAGCUGGGGCGCACCACAGACGCGUCUGAUACGUGGUUGCGAUCUAAGGACAAGACCCUCUAUUAUUGACAUCUCCGUACUCUGAGUAGCUUCAGGUGUCCCACAGGAACAAGAAUUUCUAGCCACUCAAGUUUCUAAAAUACAGUUGUUAUAGCUUUGGAGGUUCGUAAAAGAAGGCUGUUUUAUUUGUGCGUGUUUAAAAGAGAAGAUGGCUGUUUCUCGAGCUAUUCAGAAAGUAAAUAAAAAAAAAAAAAAAAUGGAAGCUAAAACUAGAAGUUGUACAUCAUAAAUGACAAUGCCUGAGAAACAAAACUUUAUUUGGUAUUCACAGACAUGCCGUGAAGAUUGUUGUGUGUUCACACAUUUUUGCAACUUUUUUUUCGUCCUUGCAAGUUAUAUCAUCAUACCCUUCGCAACUUGUGGACUUGUGUAUUGACAAUGUUUGUGAGUGAAAUGUGUUCAUAAAAUGGGAUUUAUGGCACGCGUUGUGUCAACAGUAAACAUUCACAAAACAGACGCUUAGUUCCUAUUGACGUAGUUUAUUUCGUGUCGACUGUCGGAAGUAUUACCACUGCCACAAUUCAGCGUGAGAGUGGUUAUGAGCUCAUUUGGGCAUCUCGAGAUUUUCUUGUUUCAGAAAACUUGGUUUUGCUACAUUUCACGUGACUUUACUAAUUUUGUUGCUGUAAUUCAUAUUUUAAAAAAAAAUUACAUUUAUAUAUGAACAAUUUAUAAUUUUCAAUGUCCAAAUAAAUGCUCGUAUGUCUUGUUUUAUCAAAUUACUGGAUUUAGUUCAACAAGUUUGUUCUGUAACCAUUAAUAGAAAAGCAAAGUAACUCUUUAAUAAUUCGAAAUUCUUUUAAACCUGACUUUCAGAAAAUAUGCAAGAAUACAUCUUACAACAGAAAGGAUAAUUUUUGGAACUGUACAUGCUGCUGCUGUUAUGGGCUAGAACUAACCAGCUCUUUUUGCAUGUUAAAUCUCUCUGAUCAUGUAUUGACUGAAUCUGCACAGAAAUACGUACAUUCAGAACAACUUGAUGGGUGUUAAGACAAGGAAGGUAUUAUUUACAUGUUUGUGUUCCAUUUUAUGUUUUAAUCAUGUAGACAUAUUAAAGGUUGUUACUGCUAAUGAUAACUCACAAUUUGUUGACCACUACCAUAUUUCACGUUUAUUCUCCUGUUGCAUUUUGUUUGGAUGGAAUUAUGUCAUACUAGGAAGUCACACAGAAAGUCUGGACAUCCGGAGAUGUUGCAAAUCCAAGUACAACCUGGAACAUUGUAAUACAGCUGAAACAAUAUGUUCUCUAGGUGCCCGCUACUAGGCUGUGCGAAUAUAAGUUUUUUUUUUUGUUAUAAUCAAUUUACAUAGAAUAUUAAGACUGGUGAAAAUUAUUUCUUUCAGCAACAUUUUUAUUAUAGUUUAAAAGUCGUAUUUUAACAAAUACAUGUACUAUAUGGUAUUUCAUGUUAAUUGUUAUAAAUACUGCAAAUUUUAAACUAUAAAAAAAAAGGUAAGCUUUAUAUAUUUUUUUUCCAGUUGCAAACAACGUAUUGUUUGGUUGUUUUCAACUUAUAUAAAUAAUCUUGAUUUUGAUCAUUGCAUAAUAUAGGUAACAUGAAACAGCUUCACUAAAACUUAAAUUACAAACAAAUAUUAGUUAUUUCAGAGUGUAAGUACAUAUGUACUUGAAAUCGAUCUGAACACAAGUAAUAAAUUAUUGGUUUCGGUAUUUGAAAAUUUUAGUAUUCGCACAGAUCUGCGUGCAAAAUACGGUGUGGAUGUGUUAAGUGUAUUGGAAGCGUAACUGUAAGCAUGUAUUUUCUUUUUAUUUUUUCUUUCUUGAUGGCUGUGAAGUUUGCAGCUGUUGUGCGUGAAUUCAAACAUCGACCACAGUGACGUGGGAAUGACGUGAAGGAUCUCUGUGCCUCCCGCCAGCGAUUGCCUGGCCGACAGCGAAAAACGAUUUGUUAAUCGUUAACAGGGCCAGUGGAAAACUUUUUAUUUUUUAACCCCAGUUAUCAGAGUAUGAUGAAAAUUAUUACGAAGUGUUGAAAAGAGAUGAUAGUUAUAAAUAAACUUUAUUAUAUAAAAAUGUUUAUACCUGUAGAACUGUGGUGAAAAAGAAAAAAAAUAUUUGUUGUGAAAUGAUACUGUAGUGUGAAUUGUUGUAUUUUAUUUUUUUUUCACAUGAAGCAAGACAUUACACAACAUAAUACAGUGUAUAUACAUAUAUUUUAUGGACUUAUGCACAAAGUGUGGUAUUAUGCCUGUAUUUUUUUUUGUUGAUAUGAGUGCUAUUAUGGUUAACAGUAUUUUGUAUUUAAUUUAUUUUCAGUGUGCCUUAUUUUGAUGGAAAAUGUAUAUCUUUUACAGAAACUUGCUCACACAUCAAAUAAAUGAUUUCCCACAGACUA